AUGGCCCAGAGUCAAUCCGGACCAUGCUCAUGUCAAUUAGACAGCACGGGAAUGACCAUGGUAUGUGUCAAUGUGAAUACAAUUCAUAGUUAUCAACAGUGCGUGCAUGAGCAACUGAAUUUGCAAUCGGAUUUGAAAUUAAGACGCGGAGGAGUAAUCACGAAUUUAACGAUAAAAAAUCAUCAAUUACGUAGUUUAACAACUGAUCUCUUUCAAUUCUCCUAUGGAAAUACGUUUUAUCAAUUGACUGAUUUACGUUAUUUACAUAUUGUACGCGGACACUUGAAACAAAUACAAAAUCGAUCUUUAACAUUAAUUGAACGAGCACUUGAACAUCUGGAUUUGUCCAGUAAUGAGCUCGAAUACGUGCCUAAAUUGUCAAACAACAACGAACAAUAUGGCAAUUUAAUAAAAUUAAUUUUAUCGCAUAAUCAAAUUCAUCGUUUGUCUUUGUCCGACAUUCGAGCAUACAAUCACUUGCAACAACUUGAUUUAUCCUACAAUCGCUUACAAUAUGUUGACAUGUCUAUCGUGACUUAUCUCACGAGUCUACGACAAUUAUUUUUAAAUGCUAAUAUGCUGCGAACUCUAGCAAAUAAUAUCACAUUUCCGAAUAAUUUUCAUUUCAAAUUAAGCUCGAAUCCAUUAGAAUGUGACUGUCGUCUCCGAUGGUUACGAAAUGGUUUGAAUCGUUUACAAUAUCCUAUCUUUCAUGAUGAACCUCAAUGUGAAAUGCCGAAAGCCCUAGCUGACAGAAAAAUUGCCUCUCUACGUGAACAGCAAUUUGUUUGUGGACCAAUUAUUUCCAAACCUGAUGUGACAGUAUUGAGUGCUAGUAAUGGAGAAAUUGCUACGCUUCGAUGUGAUGUUUAUUCCGAUCCAGGCCCCGAAGUCUGGUGGACAUUUCAGAACAAAAUCAUCGGUAAAAUGGUCACAGCUGUUAAUGAACCUGAUAUUCAUACUGGUUCGUAUACAAUUCGUUAUUCAUGUCUGUCGAUUUCUAUGGAUUCAUCAUCUCCAACUUGUUUAAAUAAAACAACAACAUUAACGAUUUCGAAUAUUGGCGCAGAACAUAAUGGAACCUAUAAUUGUGUGGCUGCCAUACGUAAUCAAGGUCGAUCCGAUAAUGAACAUCUCUCGUACGAAUUACGUGUUCGUCGAUCAUCACCGUUGACGGAAAAUUCGCUUCUUCUUUGGACGAUUGGAAUCUUUCUGUUUCUAUUCGUAUUUCUCCUUAUGCUAUUAUUCUUUUGCUGGAUUUUACGUUGUCAUCGAGCAAAGCAACAACAAGCACAACGAAACAAAGCUUUGUUAUUUAAUUAUAACGGCUCAGCAAUGAGCAAUGGUUAUGAUUACAAAGAAAAACACGAUGAAAAUCAGCACUUUGUCGGUAAUGGAACAUAUGAUCCAUAUGACAUGAUCGAUUCCAGAUCGCAACUUGGUCCACCGAUGUACAGCGAAGUUCGAAUGGUUGAUUCGACACCGUUGAGAAGUAUUAAUGGCGGUGGUUCCAUGUCAUCGACACUAUUACGAAGAAAUGAUCCGUUUUACGAUAGCUAUCGAUCGGACAGACAACUUUAUGAACAGAUGUAUCGACCAUCACCCCUCGAACCUGCAGUUGUUGAUGAAUUUGAAGAUGAAAUGAUCUUUCCCACAGGUUAUGAUGAAGAUUAUCAAUAUCGUGAAGAUAUAAUGAAACCCAAUCAAGCGGUUGAUCCUCGACGACAAGCCAAAGUUCAACAUACGAAUCACGAUCGAUCUGCAAAGGCAACUUCUCAGCACCUCCAGUCGACAGCUAUUGCUGGUCACCAUAAGUUAAAUGGUACAUCGAAUGGAUUCGUUCCAUCGAAUUCUGAUAGGGCGGAAUCUCAAUACACAGGUUUAAUUGAAUCGCAACUCUAG